AUGAAAGCCGCACAAUUCUACAACAACCAUGACAUCCGAAUCGAAGAUGUCCCCGAACCAAUCCCAGGCGAAGGACAAGUCGUCGUAGACGUAGAAUGGUGUGGUAUCUGCGGCUCCGACCUCCACGAAUACCUCCUCGGCCCCCUAACCACCACCACCACCCCAACAACCCUCGGCCACGAACUCUGCGGCCGCGUCCGGAACCCCCCCUCCACCUCCAAAUUCCACGACGGCGAUCCGGUCAUCAUCGACCCCAGAAUUCUCUGCAAAACCUGCCCCGCGUGCAAAUCCGGCUCGACCGCCGCAUGCUACAAUCUCGGGUACAUCGGCGGCGGCGGGGGCACGAGAUUCGGGGGGUUUGGGGAGAAGGUGGUGGUUGAGGAGGAAAGUGUGCACAAGCUGCCGGAGCAGAUCGGAUUGGAGGAUGCGGCGGUACUGGAGCCGUUGGUGAUAGUGAAUCACGCGGUGAAAGUUUCGGGGGUGAAGAGAGGGGAGUGGGGAGAGAAGAGUGUUUUGGUUGUAGGUGGGGGACCGAUUGGGUUUGGGGUGCUGUUGAUUUUACGCGCGAUGGGGGCGGGGAAGGUUUUUGUGAGUGAGCCGGCUGAGAUGAGGAGGAGGCAGGUUCGAGAAUUCUGUGGUGAGGAGGGGGUGAUCAAUCCUUUGGAAGAAGACGUCGCGACGAGAGUGAAAGAGCAGACGGUGGAGAAACGGGGGGUGGAUGUAGUUUUUGAUUGUGCGGGAGUGAAGGCGGGGUUGGAUAGUGCGAUGGAGGCGUUGAGGUUUGAGGGGCUUUAUGUGAUGGUUGCGGGGUGGGAGACGCCGAUGACGGUUCCGUGUUUCACGUUUUUGCAUAAGCAUAUCACCAUGAAGGGGAGUUUGAUUUUUGGGGAUGGGGAUUUGGAGGAGGUUAUGGAGAUGAUUGUGAAGGGGGAGUUGAAAGGGUAUGAGAAGAUGAUUACCGGACGGAUCGCUCUGGAGGAGAUUGUUGAGAAGGGGUUUAGGGAGUUGAUUGAGAAUAAGGAUGAGCAUGUUAAGAUUCUGGUGAGGCCGAGGUAG